AUGCUCAAAAUUUGGACCACUGUGCUUUUUCUGCUGGGUGCAGUGAAAGGAGAGCAAGUUUGCUUCGAUAGGCUUGGCUGCUUCUCAGAUGAUAUACCAUGGGCUGGAACCGUAGAAAGGCCAAUUGCGAAGUUACCCUGGAGUCCGGAAAGGAUAAAUGCCCGCUUCCUUCUCUACACUAAAAUCAAUCCUAAUCACUAUCAGGAGAUCACUGCAACCAAUCCAACAACUAUUGACUACUCAAAUUUCAACGCGAGCAAGAUAACCCGGUUUAUUACGCAUGGAUUUAUAGACCAAGGAGAAGAAACUUGGCUGUCAGACAUGUGCAGGAGGAUGUUUGAAGUGGAAGAUGUAAACUGCAUCUGCAUAGAUUGGAAGAGUAGUUCAAGAUGCCAGUAUACCCAGGCAUCAAACAACAUCCGUGUUGUGGGUGCUGAAAUUGCCUAUUUUAUAGAUGUCCUCAUGGAAAGAUACCAGUACUCCCCUUCCAAGGUCCAUAUCAUCGGCCAUAGCCUUGGAGCUCACGCUGCAGGAGAGGCAGGGAGGCGGCGGCCAGGCAUAGCAAGAAUAACCGGACUGGAUCCUGCAGAGCCUUACUUUCAAGGCACUCCCAUUGAAGUCAGAUUGGAUAAGAGUGAUGCGACCUUUGUUGAUAUUAUCCACACUGAUUCGGCUCCUAUGAUUCCAUAUUUGGGUUUUGGAAUGCGCCAAGCUGUCGGGCAUAUGGAUUUUUAUCCAAAUGGAGGAGAAAACAUGCCAGGAUGUAACAAGAAUCCCGUGUCACAGAUUGUAGACAUUGAUGGAAUCUGGGAAGGAACUCGUGACUUUGUGGCCUGCAAUCACUUGAGAAGCUACAAGUAUUAUUCUGACAGCAUCCUCUUUCCGGACGGAUUUCUAGGAUAUCCCUGUGCUUCGUAUGAAAUUUUUGAGACGGAAAGCUGCUUCCCGUGCCCCCAGUAUGGAUGCCCCAACAUGGGUCAUUACGCAGAUAAAUACAAGGGGAGUCUUGGUUCUCAGUUCCAGAAAUUUUUUCUGAACACGGGAGAGGCCAAGAAUUUUACUCGGUGGAGGUUUCAGGUGUCUGUGACAAUAUCUGGAAAGAGUAAAGUGAGAGGGCUUGCACAUAUUGCCCUGUAUGGAACUGGAGGAAACACCAAGCAAUACAAAAUUGUCAAGGGCGCUCUCAAACCAGGCAACACUUACACAAACUUCAUUGAUGCAGAAAAUAACAUUCAAAAUGUUACUAAGGUUAAAUUUCUUUGGAACAACAAUAUCCUAAAUCCAACUCUGCCUCGACUGGGAGCAGAAAAGGUCACUGUACAAGAAGGAGAAAAUGGAAACAUAUUUAAUUUCUGUGGUACCGAAACAGUGAGAGAGAACGUCCUGCAAACCCUUACUUCUUGCUGAUAGCAUUCAAAAAAUGUCAGUGCUAUCUGUUAAUGCCAAUAAAAACUACAAAUGCACUA